AUGUUUAAAAGGCUCACUGGCUGGAAGUAUAUUGACCUUAACUUUGCACGUUCAUUUCACAAGAUCAGCAGAAGCGACAGAAGAGAGUUUAUGAUGACCAAAUUCGGCCCCCCAGUGAACAGGUCUAUGACCGAGUUGGAUCGCACCUUCUUCACCAAGACCAUCCCGUUGAUAGUGGCAUAUUUUCCUGAACCACGGUUCCUCGGGCAAUUUGUCAAGGUAUGCAAGAAGGAUAUCUUGAACUUGCCCUCCAUAAAACACAUAGUUCAUAUCACCCCGGAAAAGAAGGGAGUUAUUCUCAGAGAAGACAUCGAAUCAUGCGACCAAGCUAAAGAGAAGUUGUCUCCAUUGGCCAACGAGAAGAUAAAGGAAUUCGGCAUUGUUUUAGAACCUUACGAUUUGAAAUUGGAUUAUGACUUCUGGAAGGCUGAUGACAUUUUAAGGUCAGUGUUGCCAAAGGAACUAGAGCACGAUAUCCCCACUGGAUUUGCGCAGGCUGGUCAUGUAGCUCACUUAAACCUUAGGGACGAAUUUAAGCAAUUUGGAAGCUUAAUUGGCCAGGUUAUCAUAGAUAAAAACUCUAAAGUAGAAACUGUUGUAGAUAAAGUAGACACUAUUGACACCAAAUUCCGAACUUUCAAGAUGAAUGUGUUGGCUGGAAGAGAUGACUUGGUGGUGGAGCAAAGUGAGAGCGGUUGCAAAUUUAAGUUUGACUUUAGUAAAGUGUACUGGAACUCUCGUUUGAACUCUGAACACGAAAGGUUAAUAAAUCAGUUUCAACCUAGGGAAGUAGUUGGUGACGUAUUUGCAGGGGUUGGCCCUUUUGCUGUCCCAGCUGGAAAGAAAAAUGUGUUGGUGUUGGCCAAUGAUUUAAACCCAGAGUCAUACAAGUACCUCAAUGAGAACAUUGUGUUAAAUAAGGUUGGUGACUUUGUCAAAUCUUUUCACUUGGACGGUAGAGAAUUUAUCAGAAAUUCUCCUGAAUUGUUGCUUGAUUGGGCUAAUACUUCCAAAACUGUGGAGAAGAGGAAAUUGGUCAAAAGAAGAAAGGUUGAGCCAAGUUCUAACGCUAGCACUCCAGUAGAAAGAGAGUAUGAAGUAACUAAAGUUGAAAUCCCAAAAUACUUCUCCAACUAUGUGAUGAAUUUACCAGAUACAGCAUUGACAUUCCUUGAUGAAUUUAUUGGCUUGUACAGUAGAAAUCCAAAAGUGAAGGAUCUCAUCAAAUCGUUGCCUGAAUUCAAGUUACCUAUUAUCAACUGCCAUUGCUUUGAGAAGUUUUCUCCAGAGGAGUCUCCUGAACCAUCAAUGGAAGAAUUGCAUAAAAGGGUGCACGCUAGGAUUGUCAAAUUGAUUCAAUUUGAAAUCCCAUUCGAAAGUUGUAAGUUCCAUUUGGUGAGGAAAGUAGCUCCAACAAAGCCGAUGUUCUGUGUAUCUUUUGAGUUACCUGAACAAGUAGCUUUCAGAGAAAACUAA